AUGGACUUUGUUAAUGAUUCACCACACGAAAGUACAGAAAAUGUUAGUGUUAUUUUUAUUAUGACUAUUGAUCAGAGUACAAUAUCAACUUCGAAUACUCCAUUUGCUAUGAUUGAUAAACACAGUGCUGUUCCAGGAGAGAAAGAAAUACUAUUUACAAUGCAUACUAUUUUUCGCGUCGUUGAAAUUAAACACAUGGCUGAGAAUAGUCCUCUUUGGGAAGUACAAUUGACUAUUACUGAUGGGAAUGAUCCACAACUUGCUGGUCUUACCAAUUCCAUCACAGAGGAGGUCCAAGGCCCGAGUGGAUGGUAUCGAAUGGGUAAAUUGAUGCUCAAAGUGGGUCACUUGGAUCAAGCUGAAGAACUCUACAAGGAAUUACUCAAGAAUGCCUCUACUGAUAGCGAUAGAGCACAUAUUUAUCACAUGCUUGGAAUAUUGAAAUCCCAGCAAGGGAUAUACACAAAACCAGCUAAAUUCUACGAAAAAUCACUCGAAAUCUAUCGCAAAAAUUCUUUCAGACGAUGA